CCAAGUCAUCAACCUCUCAAGCUUCACUCAUCAUAUUCUUGUUUUGAAUUUUUCCAAUUAAAAUAAACCACAAUGGAAAAAGCAACAUCGCACUGUCAAAUUCGUCCGCCCACUUAUGGCAAACUCAUUACGGUUCUUAGCAUUGACGGAGGAGGAAUUAGAGGCAUAAUCCCCGGAAUUAUUCUCGCAAACCUAGAAUCACAACUUCAGGAACUAGAUGGCAUGGAUGCAAGGCUUGCGGAUUACUUUGAUGUAAUUGCGGGAACAAGUACUGGUGGUCUAAUAACUGCCAUGUUAACUGCACCAAACAAUGAUAAACGACCUUUAUAUGCUGCAAAAGAUAUAGUGCCCUUUUAUCUUGAGAACUGUCCAAAAAUUUUCCCCCAAACAAGAGGGCCUUUUGCUUGGAUGGUGAAUAUAUUUAAAGCCAUGAUAGGACCUAAGUAUAAUGGGAAGUAUCUCCACAAACUGAUAAAGGAUAUAUUAGGAGACACAAGGUUGCACAACACCCUAACAAGUGUUGUCAUUCCUACUUUUGACAUCCAGAAUCUCCAGCCUACUAUCUUUAGCUCAUAUCAGGUGACAAGCAAACCAAUAAUUGAUGCCCUACUAUCAGAUAUAUGCAUCAGCACCUCCGCAGCACCUACUUAUUUUCCUGCCUAUUAUUUUAAAAAUCAAGACGAACAAGGCAAUGAGAAAGAAUUUAACCUUAUUGAUGGUGGUGUAGUUGCCAAUAACCCGGCUUUGGUUGCCAUUAGUGAAGUGACCAAACAAGUUUUCAAGCAAAACACAGAUUUCUUUCCAAUCAAGCCUAUGGAUUAUGGCCGUUUUCUGGUAAUCUCAAUAGGGACAGGCUCGGAGAAGACAGACCACAAAUACAAUGCUAAAAUGGCGGCUAAAUGGGGGGUUCUGGGCUGGUUGUCUAACAAUGGUUCUACUCCACUAGUUGAUGUGUUCAACCAGGCAAGUGCAGAUAUGGUUGAUGUCCACCUCUCUGUGGUCUUUCAAGCUCUUCAUUCUGAAAAUAACUACCUUCGUAUCCAAGAUGAUUCGUUAAGUGGGACGGUGUCAUCCGUUGAUGUAUCUACAAAAGAAAACAUGAAAAAUCUCGUACAAGUUGGUGAAACUUUGUUAAAAAAACCAGUUUCACAAGUCAAUAUAGACACCGGUGACUCUGAACCACUCCAAAAUGGUGGCACUAAUGAGGAAGCCAUUAAAAGGUUCGCGAAGUUGCUUUCAGAUGAGAAGAAAUUCCGGGAGUCAAAAUACAUUGACAUGAAAGAAUCUAAGUAACUUAGAGAGUUUGUGGUUUUGGUUAUUUAUUUAUUUACUUUUAUUUUUUUGAGACAAGUAAUUUGUGUAUUUGUGUUUGUGUUGUGGUCUGUCUUUAGAUUCAAAGUUGAUGUUCGUUGAGAAUAAUAAGAACUCAUUAUGAGAAUAGCCAAUAUCAAACUCAUGUAAAAGGCCAUUAUAUAAGACAUUUGAAGGACAAUGCUUAUACAAAGUGAGAUUUUUAUUUUA